AUGCUUUCCGGAAAGAGAAGUCACCAAAAAAGAGGUCGUGAAGCCGAAGAAUCAAUUACAUCUAUUUUAGCUAUGGAAGUGAGAGAAGUGGCCAAAGCAAUUCACGCUUUAACAAAAAAUGAAGGUGAUAUAGAUGAGCUUUAUGAUGUGGUGAUGACGAUUAUUGAUUUUGACGAUGACAUAUUGAAUAAUGUGUUUGAUUACUUGGUACAAAAUGAAAGGUUGACAAAGGCUUUUAUGGCAGAACCAGGGCUUUACAAUUACGUGGACCAAUGUGCAUUCGUAGCAGGCCAGAAAUGCGGGGAGGAGAUCCUAUACGGCUCCUUCUUGGGAAAGCCCGUUACUCUUGAAUGUCGUCAAAAGCUUGUGCUGUUGGGAAAGGCAUGUGACGAUUCCUUGAUAAAGGUCGUUCUUGAAUUUCCUGAAUUCAAGAAACAUGAAGAAGAAGCUUGGCAAGGAGCAAUCAACUCUGGGAAAAAUGUACCUUAG